AUGGAGGAAGAACUGAAAAAGUUGCAUGAAGAAAAGUACAUUGAGUUCGAAUCGCUGUACACGGAUACGGCGGUCAGGCUGAGUACACUCAUCGAGCGUGCCACGAAGCCGGUUCCAGCUCCUGUGCCGAACGCGUCUGCGGUCGUCCUCCGACAAGCCGAGCGCCUCAACCUUCCGGCGUUGCAAAUCCCGCUGCCGACCUUCGACGGGUCGUAUGAAUAUUCCUUCAAAGCGAUGUUUACCACGUUCAUGAACCGUUACCAGCACGAAGAACCGGCCCUGAAGCUGUACCAUCUACGGCGCUGUCUGGUUGAGGCGGAGGGGAUCAUCGAUCAAGAAAUUAUCGACAAUAACGACUACGAUGCCGCCUGGCUGCUCUUGAAACAACAGUACGAGGACAAGCGCAUAAUCGUAGACAAGCACGUCGACAACCUGUUCAACCUGCCGAGGAUCAGCCAAGAGAGCGCGACCAACAUGCGGAAGAUGAUCAACGUCUGCACCAAGAACGUGGAGGCGAUGAAGAAGCAGAACUUGCUGGUCGUUGGGCUCGGCGAACAGAUGCUCGUGAACCUGAUCGCUGCGAAGAUGGACAAGAAGCUGCGGGUCGCUUGGGAAGCUCGCCAGAAGAAAGACGUGCUGUCGACGUACGACGCGACGAUGGAGUUCCUGCAGGAGCAGUGCCGGAUCUACGAGAAGUUCGACACGAAGCCCGCGACGGAGAGUGCUAAACCGAAAGCGGUGGCGCGGAGCCACACGCUGGUGACAAGUGAAACGAAAAGUGAACUGAAGUGCGCUGUGUGCAAGGCAAACCAUGAACUCUGGAAGUGUGAUGCUUUUAAGCAAAAGAGUGUGAGUGACAAGUACGAAGUACUGAAGAAGUGCGGAGCCUGUUUCAACUGCCUUGCAAGAGGCCAUCGAACCAGGGCGUGUUCGUCGAGGACGUGCCAGGAGUGCGGACGAAAGCACCACACGUUGCUCCAUACCGAGGACACGUCAAGCCAGACCUCCACGAAACCAGCAGAAGUCACGACACCAGUCGUGAAGUCCGGAAACCAGGUGACCAGCACCCCAGCAGGAACGUCUACGACGCUGUGCGCAAGUGCUGUUAGUGCCGACAAGCAAACCCUCCUCUCGACUGCCGUUGUCUUGGUCGACGGCGUGGGCAGCACUCCCUACCCGUGCCGAGUGCUGAUGGAUUCUGCCUCGCAGAUGAACUUUGUGACGGACCGUUUCGCCAACCUCCUCUCGCUAAGAACGACUCGCGCUGACUUCACGGUCAGUGACCUAAACGGCAAUAAAACUCGAAUUUGCCGUAAGCUGCGAACGACGGUCAAGUCUCGCCUCGGAGACUUUUCGGCCAGCCUGGAUCUGCUGGUAACCCCCCGGAUCACCGGUGACCUGCCGGUGAAAUCUUUUGAUGUCACGAACUGGUCCAUCACGAACGAGAUGGCGCUGGCCGACCCGACGUUCAACAGGCGAGGACGCGUCGAUAUGCUGAUCGGCGCCGAAUAUUUCUGGACUCUGCUGGAGGAUGACCGACUCGAGCUCGGCCCGAACCUACCAGUGCUGAGAAACACGAAACUGGGAUGGAUCGCUGGAGGAGUGGUCGCUAGCGACGCACCGGUCAUCGCGCGUACUUUUUGCCAGACCGCAGACGACGAGCCGCUCAUCGAGCUGCUGAAGAGCUUCUACAAGGUGGAGGCCUGCGACGAGUUUCGCCCAUCGGCGACGGCUGAUGACGAGGUGUGUCUGGAGCACUUCCGGCGCACACACGAACGAAACGAGGAAGGACGGUACGUUGUGCGGCACCCCUUUAACGAGCGGAAGCUGGAGCUGGGCGAUUCACGGGAGAUGGCGCUGCGGCGCUUUCUUGCGCUCGAACGGAAGCUGGACAAGCAACCGGAACUGAAGGAGCAGUACUCGCAGUUCAUCCGGGAGUAUGCGCAGCUCGGGCACAUGCGAGAGAUCGAGGAGAAGCCAAACGAAGAUCCGGGAGCAGGUUUCUACUUGCCACACCACUGUGUGCUGAGGCCCACCAGUACGACGACGAAACUGCGAGUCGUAUUCGACGGGUCAGCGAGGACAUCGAACGGCGUCUCGAUCAACGACGUUCUGAUGACUGGGCCAACAGUGCAGAACGACCUCACCGCGAUUCUGCUCCGCUUCCGGGGAUUCCAGUAUGUCUUUACGCUGGACAUUCCCAAGAUGUUCCGCCAGGUGGGCGUGCAUCCCGAGGACACGAAGUACCAGCGCAUUUUCUGGCGGUACGAUCGGAACGAUCUGCUAAGCGUCUGGGAACUGCAGACUGUGACGUACGGCCUGGGACCCUCGCCGUUCCAGGCGACAAUGGCGCUCAAGCAAGCUGCGGCCGACCACCAAGACGAGUUCCCGAGGGCUGCCGAAGUCGUUGAGAAGGGGACAUACAUGGACGACAUCCUGACGGGUGCCGAUACGCUAGAAGAAGCUUGCGAGCUGCAACGAGAAGUGACGGGUCUGCUGGCGAAGGCCUGCUUCGGCGCUCACAAGUGGUGCGCGAACCAUUCCGACAUUGUGCGCGCAGUCCCCGAAGAGCUACGAGGAAACUCGUUCGAAGUCACCGACGACAACGCGAAGACAACCGUGAAGACGCUGGGCGUAACCUGGAACCCUUUCGAAGACUGGUUCUCUGUGUCGGUGCCUGAUUUCGACGAACUGGACGAGAUGACCCGGAGGAAGCUCUUGAGUCAGCUGGCCAAGAUAUUCGACCCGCUGGGAUUCUUUGGCCCUGUGAUCACCUACGCGAAGCUGAUCCUGCGAGAGGUCGGCGAGUUGCAGAUUGAGUGGGACGACCCGGUUCCACCUGACGUCGGCUCAAAGUGGCGGAACUUCCGCAUCGAAAUGACCGCUCUGAGGGAGGUGCGGUUGCCAAGGUGGAUCUCCUGGAAGGGAGCACUCAAGUUGGAGCUGCACGGAUACGCCGACGCGUCCGACCUGGCGUACGGGGCUUGUCUGCACGUGGAGGGCUUCUUCGCCGACGGGAAAACCGAGAUGCGACUCAUCUACAGCAAGUCUCGCAUCCUACCGAAGAAGCGCAAGGCGAAGGAAAAGGCCAUCUCGACCCCGCGAGCCGAGCUACUGGCAGCACUGCUGCUCGCAAGGAUGGUAGUCAAGUUUCUGAGCGCGACGGAACUGAAGUUUGCUGCGGUCCACCUCUGGAGCGAUUCGAAGAUUGUGCUCGCGUGGCUCAGGAAACUCCCGCAUCUGCUGCAGACAUUCGUCUCGAAUCGGGUGAGCGAGAUUCAGCGAUUGACGGAAAACUUCUUUUGGCACUACAUUCCGUCAGAAGAGAACCCGGCCGACCUGAUCUCGAGAGGAGUCCGCCCGAAGAAGCUGAUGACGUCCAAGAAGUGGUGGCGGGGCCCGCCACGCACCCCCGUUGUCGAGACUGGAGACGAACUCGAGAUUCCGGACGAGGAGCUGCCGGAGAUGCGAGCCGGUGUUGCACUGGCGAUGACUGUUCCUGUUGAACGAUUCCCGAUGUUUGACAAGGUGAGCAGUUUUACAGAAGUCGUUCGUAACAUGGCCUACUUGAUGCGCUUCGCGAAGUACGUCAUGUCCAAGAAGAAGGAGCUGGUGAAGGGAUUUCUCACUGCCAAGGAGACGCGAGCUGCAACGCUCGUGAUCGUGCGACUGGUCCAGCGUGAAACGUUCCAACCAGAGAUUCUCGCGCUGAUGGACGGCGCGGAAACGAAACACCGGCUGUGCGGACUGAAUGCGUUCUUGGACUCCGAGGACGGCAUAUUGCGAGUUGGAGGGCGGAUCAAGCGAGCCGUUAUUCCGUACGAUAGCCGUCACCAGAUGCUGCUGCCGGCCAAACACCCGAUCACCGAAGCUCUCGUCCGAGAGCUGCACCUGGACAACCUGCACAUCGGCCAGAAGGGGCUGCUUGCGAUCGUCCGACAGCGCUACUGGCCACUGAACGUCAAGAACACGAUCCGCAAGGUAAUCCGGAACUGCGUAAGGUGCUUCAAGGCGAACCCACUGAAGACGACGCAGAUGAUGGGCGAUCUGCCAUCGUACCGCAUUCGACCUGCUCCGGUCUUCUCGACCACCGGAGUGGACUACGCCGGACCUUUUUGGAUUAAGGCGUCUUCCGCAACUCGCAAGCCGCAGGUCACGAAGGCCUACGUGAGCCUCUUUGUGUGUAUGCAGACCCGUGCCAUACACCUCGAGCUGGUUUCCGACUUGACGACGGACGCGUUCCUGGCGGCCUUGAGACGCUUCACAAGCCGACGUGGAUGUCCGAGAACGAUGCGGUCGGACAAUGCAACGAACUUCGCGGGAGCCAAGAACGAGCUGAACGAGCUGUGGCGGCUGCUCCAGGAUCAGCGCGCUACCAAGAAGAUCGCCAGCUACUGCACCGACAAGGGGAUUGAAUGGUCGUUCAUUCCGCCGCGAAGCCCGCACUUCGGCGGCAUUUGGGAGGCCGGCGUGAAGCAGGUCAAGCACCACCUCAAGAGGAUCGUCGGUGACCGGAAGCUGUCGUACGAAGAGCUGUACACGACGUUAACGCAGAUUGAAGCUGUGCUGAACUCUCGGCCCCUCGCGCCGGUUUCAGAUGACCCCAACGAUUACACAGCUAUCACUCCUGCACACUUCCUCAUCGGGCGCGAGAUGCAGGCCGUGGCUGAGCCGGACUACACCGACCUGAAGGAGAAUCGGCUCUCGAGAUGGCAGCUGGUGCAAACCAUGCUGCAGCAUUUUUGGAAACGCUGGACGGCUGAGUAUCUACCAGAACUUCAGCAGCGAACGAAGUGGUUGAAGACGAAGCAGAUCAAGGAGGGCUCACUGGUGCUGCUGGUUGACCACAACGCACCGCCACUGCAGUGGCCACUCGGUCGGAUUGUGGCAACCCACCCGGGAGACGACGGCGUGACACGCGUUGUCACGGUGAAGACGGCGAACGGAGGAGAGUUCAAGCGGGCGGUCACAGAGAUCUGUCUGUUGCCGCUGGAGUAG